GUGUCCGCAUGAAUAUCGCGAAGUCAGUGUCAUAAAUUCACAAUAAAAAAAAUAUAUUAAAAAAAAACAAAAUGAACAUUCUAAUUUCGAAAUUAAUGUGGCAGAAUGGAACACGAAUCAAUCAAUACGUUUUCGCCAUUAUCAUUACAAUACCGCUCCUCAGCUUCGGCAUGGUGCAGGGCUGGUUGUCCCCCAUGAUCUCCGUGCUCCAGUCCCCCCAAGGACCAGCCCCUGUGCCCUUCACCACGGGCGAUAUAUCAUGGAUGACAUCCGUUACUUACAUCACCGCGAUCAUAGUAGGGGCUCCUAUGGGACACCUGACAGACCGCUAUGGAAGAAAAGCUAUGACGCUGAUAACUACAUUGUCUUUAAUUAUAUAUUGGCAGAUAAAAUUGCUGUGCUUGCAACCCUGGGCUCUGAUUCUGGCCCGAGCGAUAGCCGGCAUCCCCUGUUCUGCUUGCUAUAUCGUCCUACCUAUAUACUUAAAAGAAAUAAGCGACAUUGACUUGAGAGGCGCCCUGGGCUCUCUUCUUAUUCUUAACAGGAACAUCGGUUAUUUAGCUAGCUAUGUGUUCGCGGAUCUCCUGCACGUGUCUACUAUGCUCUGGAUGGGAUUACUGGUGCCAACUGUUGUAUUUUUUAUCUUCCUCAUCAUGCCAGAGACUCCUGAAUUCCUAGUGAAACAGGGAAAAGUGGACGAAGCUAAAAACGUUCUGGCCUGGCUCCGAGGUGUAAAUAUUCUAGACCAAAGAGUGGAACAAGACAUAGACAACAUAGUUAAAGUCGAGAAACAAACCAAGGCUGAUCCUAAAUCUGUGUGGAAAAUUAUAUGGCAUGACAAACCAACCUUCAAAGCGUUCAUAAUAACCCUGGUCAUCAAGAUAACCCAGCAGUUCGAUGGCUACCUCAUAGUGCUCAUAUAUGCUGGCUUCGUCACUGAAAGAGCAGCAGAAUCCAUUAGCCUUAAGCUGAGCCCUAACAAACAAGUCAUGUUAAUUGGCUUGGUUCAACUCGUUGGGUCUAUUGUGGCUACUUGCAUUGUGGAGAGGACUGGGAGGAAGCUGCUGCUAGUAUCAACAUCAUUCGCGGUGGGAGUGGGGAUGCUGGUACUUUCUGGCUGGUUCUACGCGACGUCAGUGGGCGCGUGGCUGCCGGGCUGGUUGCCUGUAGUUGCCAUGUGUGUCUGUAUAUUUGCUGAUGCAGCUGGCUUCCAACCCAUAUCGUACAUCAUUAUCACCGAUUUGUUCACUUUCCAGUUACGUGGCACGGUCUCAUCGUUCGCGAACAUAUGUGCGAAGCUCAGCAACUUCGUUCAAAUGAAAUGGUUCACGAAACUAUGCGAACUCACCAGCAUUCACUGGACUUUCUUGUUCUUCGCGGUAGUCUCAUUUUCAGCGUGCGUCUACACUGUCAUGUCGUUCCCAGAAACCAGACAUAAAACUGUCGAAGAAAUAUAUCAGAAACUUGAAAAUAAAACGCAAAAGAAGGACGUCGAAAAUGAUGUCUCGUAAAUCUGUGUUCUUAUGACUGUGAUGUGGACUUUAGAUAAAUGGAUUGUCCCCUUGUAAAUAUUUAGUCGGGGUCAAGAUGUAUCGUAAGUUUUAGAUUGUCAGUAGAUAAUAAUGAUUUAGUUUAAAUUCGCCAUAUCGAGCUGUGCUUGAUGUUCUGAAAUAUGGAAAAAUAUAAAUUUCUUGUCUCUUGUCGGGAAAAAUUAUAAAUAGGUACAAGAGAUUAAACUCGUGGUAGGAGACAAAGGAAUAGACAUUAAAACAAAAGACAAUUUUGCAUACAAAAGGCUGCUAUUUUUACUCCAUAAUAUACAUAGUAAAAGAGCCAGUUUAUAAAUAAAUGUUUUUAUAAUUUGACCGUACAUACUUUGAAAAUGGAUGUUGCGUAUAAUCAUUUUUGUUUGUUAUAGACAGGAAUACUUUUGCCAUUUUUACUAAUAUCACAGAUAACAUAAACUGUUUCGUUUGUACAAUCGUUCCGGCAUAUGCUUCGCUAUUCGCAAGAAUAUGUAAAUGCGACUUAAUUACCACAAUUUAAGAAUUUCAGUAUAAAAAUUUGGUUACUAAACUACUCAAUUACAACAAUGGCCCUGUUAUAUCCCUGUCCAUUUUUUUUUUCUAGACUGCAAAAAUGACAUUUCACGCGUAUUGUAAUUUUGUCGUUUGUGAGGUUAAAAUUGUUGUCAAAUAUUUCAAUUGUAUUUUAGUAUGAAAAUCAUUUAUUGAAACUUUAAUUGGACUUUUUAUAAUUGCGUUAUCUAUGUGUUUAUGUUGUGCUAAUAAAAAUACGUUUUUUCUUCAAAGUUUAAUUUAAAACUCAUUAUAGUAAUCAGGUCUCUCCCAAUCUAUGCAUUAUGAAAAACUAUGAUAGUAAUGGUUUUGGACUUUGCCAUAGAUUUUUCUUAUACGUAUCUAGAUAAAUCAUAAACGCACAGCUGAAAAUUUUAUUCAUGCUGAAAAUAAAUUAGAAUAUUUGACAUCAAGUAUCUCUUUUUUCUAGUUUAUUUAAUAGUCUGGUGUAAACUUAUCGUC